UGUAUUUCUGACUCGCUGACCUGUUUAGAUAGACAUUUUUCAACGUAGUCGUACAUUUAAAAUUCCACUCUCCAGAUAUAGCUAAGAAAUCCAGCAGAUGUCCCGCCGUUCGACGAGUGUGUUGAGCAGCAAGGAGUCCACCAAGGGCAGCAUGGACAAGGACGAGAAGAAUCGCCUGGCCCACCUGGACGCGAUCAUCAACCAGCUGAAGACCCAGACCCUCGGCAAUCGGAGGGCGGGGAACUUGACGGAGGCCACCCUGGCCUACAUAUGUAGUACUUCUCGGGAGCUAUUCCUGACUCAACCCAUGCUCCUGGAGCUCAGUGCUCCGGUGAAGAUCUGCGGGGAUCUGCACGGCCAGUUCAAGGACCUCCUGAGGAUCUUCCAGCAGUGCGGCAUUCCACCGGCCUCCAACUACCUGUUUCUCGGGGAUUACGUGGAUCGGGGUCAGAACUCGAUAGAAACGCUGGCCCUGCUGCUGACCUAUAAGCUGCGCUAUCCGGAGACCUUCUUUUUGCUGCGCGGCAAUCACGAGUCGGCGGAUGUCAAUAGGGUCUACGGGUUCUUCGACGAGUGCAAGCGGAGGUAUAGCGUUAAGUUGUGGAGGUGCUUUGUGGACUGCUAUGACUGCAUGCCGGUGGCUGCCAUUGUAGCGGACAGGAUCUUCUGCGUUCAUGGAGGCCUAAGUCCCGAUCUGAACAAUCUGGACGAUAUAAGGCGCCUCCAUCGACCCACCGAAGUGCCCAGCGAUGGGUUGCUGUGCGAUCUGCUCUGGUCGGAUCCGGAUGAGACCACUGGCACCUGGGCGGCCAACGAUCGUGGGGUGAGCUACACCUUUGGCGCUGGCAUAGUGGAGGGCUUCCUGACGCAGCACAAGUUCAACCUGAUCGUCCGUGCCCACCAGGUGGUGGAGGACGGCUACGAGUUCUUCGCCGACCGCCAGUUGGUCACCAUCUUCUCGGCCCCCAACUACUGCAACAUCUUCGACAACAGCGGCGCCGUGCUCGUGGUGGACAACAACCUGGUCUGCCACUUCGUCAUCAUCCGCCCUAGGCCCGGUGCCCGGCCGACGGGGUUCGAGUCCGACAGUGGAUCCAGUGGGCCCAUCGGACCUCCACCUUCGGCCAAGGAAAAGAAGGUUUAGCUCGCUUGAAAGAUUAAAAUAGUUAGCAAUAUAAUGAAUAAGAAGAUAUGAUAUAAUAAAAUAUAGAUAACAUAUAUAAAGUGCUUCAAAUGGACCUAAAAG